AUGGCCGACAACCACUACGGAGGCGACUCCGAGUCAGAAGACGACAACUUCAACCCGGCCCCAGCCGACCUGUCGGAUGAGGAACAGGAUGCCAACGACAGCAGUCCCCGCGUGUCCCGUAAGAACGACCAUCGCAGUAGCAGCCCGAGCCACCGCAGGAAACGUCGCAAGCCUGCCGGUGUGGGCAAUCUGUUCGAUAUCGAAGCCGAGGUCGACGAUGAAGACGAAGACGAAGCCGACGACAGAGAUGGCGAGGAGAUCGAGGACUUCAUCGACAAUGCCCACCCUGACGAUAUCGCCGACAGCGGCGGCAUGAACGACGACAGGAGACAUCGUGACCUCGACCGGAGACGCGAGCUGGAGGCCAGCCUCGACGCCGAAAAGCAAGCCGAGAUCCUGCGUGAGCGUUAUGGCAAACGUGCGCCCACCAGAGGAUACAGUGACAUGGCCAUUGUGCCCAAGCGCCUGCUUCUUCCCAGCGUCAAUGACCCCGGCAUCUGGGCCGUUAGGUGCAAGGAAGGCAAGGAGCGCGAGGUUGUCUUCUCCAUCAUCCGCCGUGUUGAGGAGAGACUUGGUACCAAGAAUGAGCUGCCCAUCACUGCUGCCUUUGAGCGUGCCGGGCCCAAUUCCGUCAUGAAGGGUUACGUUUACAUCGAGGCGCUCCGCCAAAACGACAUCCUGCUCUCUUUGGACGGCAUUCUCAACGUGUACCCUCGCACCAAGAUGGAUCUGGUUCCGAUCAAGGACAUGCCCGAUCUCUUGCGCGUCAUCAAGACCCCGAGCCUGACACCUGGUGCCUGGGUGCGCAUGAAAAGGCCUGCGAAGCACGCUGGAGAUCUCGCCCAGGUUCUCGACGUCACCGAGAAUGGACUGGAAGCUAGAGUUAGGUUCAUUCCCCGUCUGGACUAUGGUGUAAGAGAGGAUGGCAUCGGUCCAGAUGGCAAGCGCAAGCGUCCCGGCAUCCCUGGACCCCGCCCACCCCAGCGGCUCUUCAGCGAAGCCGAGGCCAGGAAAAAGAACCCACGACAUCUCCAGGGCAACCCACAGACGAACUCGUGGACAUUUAUGGGUGACGAGUUUGAGAAUGGGUUCCAAGUCAAAGAUAUCAAGAUUCAGCUGCUCGAUGUCAAGGAUGUAAACCCCACGCUCGAAGAGGUCACACGGUUCGCCGGUGGUUCCGAGGAUGGCACAGAGAACCUUGACCUCAAGGCUCUUGCUGCCAGCUUGAAAGACAGCAGCUCCAACGUUGCUUAUGUCCCCGGAGAUGUGAUCGAAGUGUACGAGGGCGAACAGCGCGGAGUGGUUGGCAAAGCCGUCGAUGUUCGCGGUGACAUAGUGACACUCAGAGUCACGGAAGGAAACCUCGCUGGGCAGACCAUCGAGGUGCCCAACAAAGGUCUUCGCAAGCUGUUCAAGAUUGGUGACCACGUCAAGGUCAUCGGCGGCAGCCGUUUCCGUGACGAGGUGGGCAUGGUGGUCAACAUCUCGCAGGAUCGUGUCACCCUGCUCACGGAUCAGACCAACAACGAGGUCACAGUAUUCAGCAAGGACCUCCGCGCCGCCAGUGAUAUUGGAGGACAGGGAUCGCUUGGCCAGUACUCCCUCCUUGAUCUGGUGCAGCUGGAUGCGACGACUGUUGGCUGCAUCGUCAAGGUUGACCGUGAGUCAGUGGGGGUGCUUGACCAGAAUGGAGAGGUGAGGCAGGUUAUGCCUUCUCAGAUUACCAACAAGCUCCCAAAGAGGAGAACUGCCGUGGCUGCUGACAGGAGCGGCUCCGAGAUUCGUCUGGAUGAUGUUGUCCGUGAGUACGGUGGUCAACAACGGCAGGGUAAAAUCAUUCACAUUCAUCGCUCUUUCAUCUUCUUACACACCAACACGACCAACGAGAAUGCCGGCGUUUUUGUCACGCGCGCCGGCAACGUCAACACCAUCGCGGCCAAGGGUGGUCGCAUCAACAGCGGCGGUGGUCCUGACUUGACUGCCAUGAACCCGGCCAUGAAGCGAAGCCCUGCCGAGAACAACCGCAUGGCUGCACCAAAGAGCUUCGGUCCGGACCGUGCCAUCAACCAGACUGUCACUAUCAGGAGGGGUGGAUACAAGGGUUUGCUGGGUAUCGUCAAGGAUACCACGGAUACCCAUGCGCGUGUUGAGCUCCACACCAAGAGCAAGAUUAUUACCGUGCCAAAGGCGGACCUUGCCUUCAAGGACAAGGUCACUGGUAAGCCAAUUGACAUCUACUCCCGUGGCGGACGCGGUGGGGGCGGGUUUGGUGGUUCUGGACGUGGUGGGUUUGGUGGUGGUGGUGGUGGUGGUGGUAGAGGAGACUGGCCCGGUGGUAGAACCCCAAUGGCUUCUGGGGCCGGCGGCCGUACCCCAGCUUGGGGCGGUGCAUCAUCUUCCUCUCGUACACCUGCCUGGAGCAGCAAUGCCUCUGGCGCACGAACACCUGCGUGGCAAGACGGCUCUCGGACUGCCAACCCAUACGACGGCAACCGGACUGCCUAUGGAGGCGCCACGGCUUACGGCGGCAGCGGCGGGCGCACCCCGGCGUGGAACUCUGGCUCCAAGACACCUGCCCAUGACGGCUUUGGCCACGGAUCCAAGACACCCGCCUACGGUGGAAGCGGCAGCGGCGACACCUGGGGCUCCAAGACUCCUGCUUAUGGCGGCGGUCUUUCGGCACCAACCCCUGCUGCGAGUGGCGGUGCCGACUGGGGAUACACUCCCGGAGCCAGCGGCAACUCGUACGACGCGCCCACGCCCGGCGCCGGUCUCAGUGCGCCCACGCCGGGAGCGUUCAGUGCUCCGACUCCGGGCGCCUACACGGCACCAACGCCGGCACCCAUCAGCGCUCCCACUCCGGGCGUGUGGGCAGGUGGAUGGGGUGGGGACACAGCGCCAACACCUGCUGCCACUGCGCCCACUCCUGGUGCCUCCGGCUCGGGAUACUAUGGUGCUCCGACGCCGGCCCCCUUCACGGCGGAGACGCCUGCUGCCAGCGGGGGUUAUGACGAUGAUGACUAG